AUGGAAAGAAGAACCCGAAGGAGACCUCCAAAACAGCAAGGAGAACAAGAAAAUGCAUCUCCACCAAGGAGAAGAGUUCGUACAAGUAAUUCUAGUCCUCAAGAAUCUUCAAUUCCAAUUCGAUCUCCUGAUGAAUCUCCUAUCCAAGUACCUGAACAUCAAAAUCAACCAGUAGAAGAAAUCCAAGCAAAAGAAGAAGUUAAUGAAGUUAAUACUGAAAAUCUUAAUCAAAAUAUUGAAAAUUCAAAUUCUCAAAACGAAGAAAAUGAUGAACAGUAUCAAGUUAGUUGCAGAACUGUUUCAAUUACAAGAAUUAAAUCAGGAAUGAAUGUUUCUAAGUUCACUUUAGAAUUUAAUGAAAAAACUAUUUUUACAGGAUUCGUAAAAAGCAAGAUUUUCUCAUCACCUACAAUUACAAUUAGUAAUACAGAUAUCUCGCAGCCUAUCUGCACAAUGUCUGUCACUAAAAACUCAACAUUUAUAUCAAAAACGCCGAACGGAGAAGAAAUUGCACAUAUAGAGGUCAUUCGACCUGGUGGAGUUAGUUCUUAUCCACGUUCAUGGAAAGCUACAACAAAAGGUAAUAAUAUAACACAUAACUUAUAUUCAAAGCCACCAGUUCUUAAUUCAGAAGGAAGAUAUGAAUUAUUCUUUGGUGGCAAGAUGACUACAACAAGCGUUAAGAAUUGUAUAUUAAUUGAUAAAGAUGAAGAAUUUGAAGUUAUCGGAAUUCGCAAAAUUCAUAAGAAUAUACUCGAAAUUGAUGGUAGAGAUGAUUACACAGACUUAGAACUAUUUGAACUUGGAAUUGCAGCUUUUCUUGCUGAUUAA